AUGCGGUGGCCUGGAGAACUUCCUAAACUAUUUUCUCUUCGAAUACGCGAGGAUGAUUGUUCCUAUAUUUGGAAUAUUCCAGCGGAAAAGAGGUGUUUGUGGAUGCAAGAAACGGAAAGUUGCAAAGUUUAUGCUUUCGUACCUUAUCCAACUUUGCUCUUUUGCACCUUCGGAACUGAAAAUACAAUCGUUUUUGGCCUUGGAUUAACAUUGUUAUUCCUUUGGCUUCUCUACUUAUUUUUCAUAUUGGGAAGCAUUGUGGAUAAUUUCUUCUGCCCGUCCCUGUCGACGAUCGCCGCGGUGCUACGGCUUUCGGAGAACAUCGCCGGGGUGACGAUCCUGGCAUUUGGCAAUGGUGCCCCCGACAUCUUCACCUCGUUGGUCGCGAACGAGGAGGAGCGCCUCAUGAUAUUCAUGGAGCUGAUCGGCGCGGGCGUCUUCGUUACCGCCAUUAUCGCCGGCACCGUAAUAGUCUUCGCCCCUUGCCAACUCAAUCCCAAGUACUUCAUGCGUGACGCGAGCUUCUACGUAAUCGCCGUCGCCUGGAUAUGCCUCAUCGUUUGGGACAACGUGGUGCACUUGUGGGAGGCCCUCGGUUGCAUCGGUAUCUACAUCGUAUUCAUCUUGGUCGUCAUCUUGAUGCAACACAUCGAGAACAAUCAAGAUUUUACCGAGAAACGGAUUCCGGCACUUCGGGACUCCGAGGCACAGAGUGUCUUCGAGCAGGAUCGCCAGGAGGAGCCGACCGCGCAGAUGCCUAGGCGAAGCCGAGCCUACGGCCUCCAUGCAAAACUCGACGUAGCAAUCGAGCGCGAGCAGGCGCUCAACGGUGAGGUCCCGAGUCAGGCACUGAAGCGGUCCCUGUCGAUAAGGCCGGAGGGUCUCAUUCGCGAGUUCCUCUACGACACGAGUCCCGUGAACGGACAGGAGUGGAGAAGCGCGUCCACUCUGGCGAGGAUCCUUCUACUGUUGCGCGGACCCCACAUGUUCCUGCUCCAGCUGUUCGUACCCGUAGUCAACGAGACGUCGCAGAAGCGCGGAUGGUCCAAGAUGCUCAACUGCAUCCAGAUCGCCGUCACCCCGAUCGCCGUCCUCUGGAUCUUCAAACUGAACAACAUCAAAUUUGGAAACAUUUCCUUAUUGACCAUUUGCUUUGCUUGCACUUGUACGAUAGCUGUCAUAAUGUUCGCACUCACCUCUGUUGAUAGAAUUCCCAGACUGCACAACGCGAUGGCGUUCCUUGGAGUCUUGACGGCCAUGAUAGUCGUUUACGCGGUCGCCGAGGAGGUCAUGGCGGUUCUGCAGUGCAUCGGCUUCGCGAGCGGCAUUUCCCAAGCUAUGCUCGGCAUCACCCUCCUCGCCUGGGGCAACAGCAUCGGUGAUCUCAUCUCGAACGUGACGAUUGCGCGCAAAGGCUUCCCGCGCAUGGGUUUCUCCGCGUGCUUCGGUGGGCCGAUGUUCAAUACCCUCAUGGGCUUGGGUCUGAACUACGGCAUAAGCGCCGCGCACUCCCAGGAACUCUUCGUCCGUGUGCGCACGAGCAACAUGGCGCCAGGCUGCCUCCUCUUCCUCUUCUGCUCCCUCCUCUGCUCCAUCGUCUACCUCAACGCUACGGGCUUUAACGCAAGGAAGUCCUAUGGUUACCUGCUCUUUACCCUUUACGGCAUCUACCUCUUCAUCAACGGUCUCAGCGAGAUCAAGUUCAUACAUCCGCUGGGUACCGACCAUCGUCCCGAUGGGGUCUUAUAG